AUAUUACUACUCGCUUCAGCUUCAUGGUCCUCGUCCAUAACUCGGCCACCAACCAUGCAACUCCAUUGCUCCUUCUAAGCUCUAGUACGCCACAGUUUAACAGGUCCAUUUUGAAGAAUAUGUCUCUCUAAUUAUCUCUGCAAAAUCUAAAGGUUGGGUGAAAAAGAAUUCCCUGGUAUGGUCUUUUUUGCAGAAGAAUUCUCUGUUGUGGUCUGGCAGUUAACUUUGACAUUUUUCAAGGGAAGAAGGUGGUUGACUGAGACUCGGGUGCUGGUGGGAGGAGGAGUGGCAGGAAUUCUCUGAAAGGGUUAGUGAAUUAACAUGGGUAGACACCAAGAUGGAACAAUUACAAGCAAGGAACUGGUUCAAACAUCUCCAAUUAUGAUGCUGCAAAUGGUUAAAUUCUGAACUUUGUAGGAACCAAGUUUGCACAAGAAGGACCAAGUACAAGUGUUUGCGAAUUCUGUAGAUUCACAUAUUCAAUCAUGCUGCCUCAUCUGUUUGGGGAACAACAGUUGCCGAACUGUUCGUUCAAGAACAAAACUAAUGAGUGUUUUGAUCGAAAAGAAAAGGCCCCAUGAAGUCCAAUCCAUUUUCAACAGUUUAAUAGAAGAAGGACACAGGCCAACCGUAAUAACAUACACAACACUUAUAGGAGCGUUGACCCGCCUGAAACGAUUCAAGUCCAUUCCUCGAAUCCUUUCUAGACUCAAAGAAAAUGGUAUGAAGCCAGACAUAAUACUUUUCAAUGCAAUGAUAAAUGCUUUUAUAGAAUCUGGGAAGGUAGACGAAGCCAUGAAAAUCUUUCAGAAAAUGGAGAUGAAUGGAUGUAAGCCAACAGCUAGCACUUUUAACACCCUGAUUAAAGGAUAUGGUAUAGCUGGUAAGCCUGAAGAAUCUCUAAAAUUGCUAGAGAUUAUGUCAAAGUAUGGAAAUGUAAAGCCCAAUGAUAGAACCUAUAAUAUUAUUAUUAGAGCAUGGUGUAACAAGAAUAAUAUAGAUGAAGCAUGGAAUGUGGUGUAUAAAAUGGUUGCAUCUGGAAUACAACCAGAUGUUGUCACUUAUAACACUUUAGCAAGAGCUUAUGCUGAGAAUGGGGAAACAUUUAUGGCUGAAAGGAUGAUCGUGGAGAUGCAGAACAACAGAGUUCGCCCCAAUGAACGAACUUGUGGCAUAAUAAUAAAUGGAUACUGUAAAGAAGGAAAUAUGGAAGAUGCCUUAAGUUUUAUGUACAGAAUGAAGGAGCUUGGGGUGCAUCCAAAUCUUGUCAUUUUCAACUCUCUUAUCAAAGGCUUUCUAGAUGUUACAGACACAGAUGGAAUUGAUGAGGCAUUGUCAUUGAUGGAAGAAUUUGGGGUCAAACCAGAUGUUAUCACAUUUAGCACCAUCAUGAAUGCAUGGAGCUCUGCAGGGCGCAUGGACAAAUGCCAGGAAAUCUUCAACGACAUGAUGAAAGCCGGCAUAGAACCUGACAUCCAUGCAUUCAGCAUUCUUGCAAAAGGCUACGUGCGUGCUGGUGAGCCUGGGAAGGCCGAGUCGCUUAUGUCUUUGAUGAGCAAAUCUGGCGUGCAUCCAAAUGUGGUAAUCUUCACGACCAUUAUAAGUGGUUGGUGCAAUGCAGGCAGAAUGGAGCGUGCCACAAGAGUUUAUGAGAUAAUGUGUGAAAUGGAUAUUUCUCCCAAUCUGAUAACUUUUGAGACUCUAAUAUGGGGAUAUGGAGAAGCAAAACAACCAUGGAAAGCAGAAGAAUUGCUCCAAGUUAUGGAAGAAAAGGGUGUUCGCCCAGGAAAGAGCACUGUCCGGCUUGUUGCUGAGGGUUGGCGCUCUAUCGGUUUACUCGCUGAAGCCAAGAGAAUUCUAAAUGAAGCAGAAGAAGAUAGGGAAGUUGUUCCACAAAAUCCAAGUGAAGAUAUACCUAUGGAGAGUAUGGAGGCAAGUUAUAAGAAGCAACAUCUGAGGGCUUCUGGUUCUAAUAUUUUGCAGGUUCCUGGACUAGUUGCUGAAAAACCAAAUGCUGCUAACGUCAGAAGCCAGAUGGUUUCGAAGGGUUUUGAGUUUUCAUCUGAAAGCAGGCAAAGUGCUGCUAAAUCCAUUUUUCUUUCUCAUUCAAGUUCAUUUAGAGUGCAAGCUUUGAUUAUUUGUAGAAGGCAACUGCAGGGUCUGGCUGGACUACAAGGGAACUUUGUAAAUACAUGUAGAUUGGUCUUUAUAAACUGAUGGGGGAAAGGAAACACAGGUGAAUGGAGUGAUCCCAUCUUUGAUCCAAGAUGAAACUCUGUCCUGCCGGAGUCGAUUUCAUUGAUUCUCUCAAAUUCAGAAAUCUUGAUGAUUCUUUACUAAAGUUGAAUAUUUGACAUGCAGGAUGUCAAAAUAUGCAUUCAAUUCAGUUGCCAGUUAAGUCUUCUACGUAAUCAUGUAAUUUGCUUCCUGAAAUGUAUAUGGUGUUAAUUCAAGACAACAUGACAGUUUUGUCGAUGUCUUUAUACAAUUAACGAGAUACUUUUUUUUUUCCGCUUUGGAAUCAAAAACUCUGACCCCAUUUGGUUUUUUUA